AUGCCCGUCUCUUUGGGGUCUGAAUCUGAGCGGAUUCAGAGCACUCAGCAUCUACCUACAAUUCCCACAGUCAUGGAGAUGGAGUCUUGGGAUGGUGAGAAAUUGCUUCGGUGGAUCAAGCGACAGAACCACAGCUUUUUCGCGAAGGACGAUCUAGAGAGAUUACCUUUUCAAGGAAUCAACUUCUUGGCCGCCAAUUAUAAGUUCUUUCAUGACAUCUGUCAUCUGUAUCCUCUUGCCAGUCUAGGACCUGAGCGACUUGUGAAUCAAGUCCGGAAGGGCGAGCUAUCAAACCAGGCAGCCGGCCAAAAGAGGAAGGCUGACGCACAUGAGGAGCCGCCCAUUUCGCCGAAAAGAUAUCGUUUCGAAAAGUUAACGUCGGAGCUCGCCAUCGCGGCUCGCGAACAAAGAAAGCACGUCAAGGACGCCAUAGCAGACAUCAAGUGCUCCGCCGACCAACUUUCCAAUUCCGUCGAUCCUCUUGAAGCCGUCGGCUGA